UCCAGAGCAAAAAUCGCACUUCUUCUGGUGGGACCCGAGAGCGCAAAAGCAGGAGCUCUCCGACUCCGACGCGCGCAUCAUCUCCGGCUCUGGUGGACCCACAAAUCAGACUUAACUGGGAGAGAGACGCGCACACGCUCAGAGAGAGAGAGAGAGCGAGAGAGCGAGAGAGAGAGAGAGAGAGAGAGAGAGAGAGAGAGAGAGAGAGAGAGAGAGAGAGAGAGAGAGAGAGAGAGAGAGAGAGAGCGAAAGAGGGGGGAAAACGAAAAGCUUCUUGCCAUCUUCCAGCCAUGGACGCAUCUCGAGUCGUUGCGAUUUAUCUGGGCCUGCUCCUUGUUUUCUUUGGGAAUAUUCCGUGUUUCCAGUCUGCUGCUCGUAUCUCUCCCUCUGUACCGAGGAGGAACAGGGAAGCCAGGAUCUCCCAUCCGGGCGCGCAAAGGUCAUCCAAAUUUCUAAAAGACAUAUUGACGUAUUUGCAGCCUGCAGCAGGACAUCACAAACACGAGCCAAAGGACGCGAUUGUGCCGCAUGAAUACAUGCUCUCCAUAUACAGGACGUACUCCGCAGCGGAGAAACUGGGACUAAACGCAAGCUUUUUCCGCUCCUCUAAAUCUGCAAACACCAUAACGAGUUUUGUGGACAGAGGAACAGACAAUCUUUUGCACUCUCCUCUGCGAAGACAAAAGUAUCUGUUUGAUGUCUCAACCCUUUCAGAGAAAGAGGAGCUGGUCGGGGCGGAACUGCGGAUUUUCAGGAAGGCGCAAGGGAAUGCGCAAAAGUCGGGGAUCUAUGACAUCCAGCUCUACCCCUGCCGCUCUGACAGACAGCUGAAUUCCAGGUCUCUGGACCCAAUGGAUUCCGCCACAUCCGGCUGGGAGGUUCUGGAUGUAUGGGACGCGUUUAAAGCACAUCGGCAACAUCACUAUCAUCAGCAGCAGCGCCAUCUCUGCUUCCAGCUCAGGGUCACUCAGGGUCAGACCGAGGUGGACCUGAGGCAGCUGGGGCUGGACCGGAGCGGCCGAACCCAGCAGGAGAAGGCCAUCCUUGUGGCCUACACCCGCUCCAAAAAGAGGGAGAACCUGUUCAAUGAGAUGAAGGAGAAGAUCAAGUCGCGGAGGUCGGUCGGUGAAAAGGAGGAGAAGCCGCGCACCAGGGGGUUUAAAGGAGAGGGGCCCCGGCGGCGGAGGAGGACGGCGCUGAGCAACCGGCACGGAAAGAGACACGGAAAGAAAUCCAGGUCCCGGUGCAGCAAAAAGCCGCUGCACGUGAACUUCAAGGAGUUGGGCUGGGACGACUGGAUCAUCGCGCCGCUGGGCUACGAGGCGUACCACUGCGAGGGCGUGUGCGACUUCCCGCUCAGGUCGCACCUGGAGCCGACCAACCACGCCAUCAUCCAGACUCUCAUGAACUCCAUGGACCCCUACAGUACCCCUCCGAGCUGCUGCGUGCCUACCAAGCUCAGCCCCAUCAGCAUCCUCUACACGGACUCGGGUAACAACGUGGUGUACAAACAGUACGAGGAGAUGGUGGUGGAGCAGUGCGGCUGCAGGUAGCGGGCGUCACACUCUCUCACACACACAUCCACACAGAAACAAAAGACAAAUCGGUGUAAACGUAGAGUCCGGUUGGGCUGAAGAUAAAAACAAUCCUCACGGAGGUCUGCUGAGCUUUACGCGCCUUGGUUUUGAAUCCAAAACGGAUGCGCAGGAGGCUCUAUCUAUUUAUUCAGACUUUCUCACGUCCACUCAUCCGCUUUAGAGCGAUUUCCCUCCAGUUAUCACCGAACAGACGAGCCCAGUCCGGUCUGACACGAGGAGCAGGCUGCAGGUCGGAGGGUAACCUGCUGCUGUGAGGACAGCAGCUGCGCUCUGGUCUGAUUCCCACAGCUGGGGCCACAGCAGGCCCGAAUCAGGGCCCGUGUUCCCACACAGAUGCACGAACACAAGGGCUGAACGAUUGAUCCACCAGAUUAAGGGGAGAAGAUGGAAAUGCCUUCAAGAGAUUUGACUUCUGCCUACCUGAGAGCAGAGGCGCUGAGAGACACAGAGUACAGGACUUGUGCCUUAAUGGAAACAGAAAAGCACAGAACUGGGGCCAGCAGUUGGAGCUCAAACGUCCGAGUCUUUACAAAAUGCACUUCUGCAACCGGACGUCAGAGAGAGGGGAGGUGUGUGUGUGUGUGUGUGUGUGUGUGUGUGUGUGUGUGUGUGUGGGGGGGGGGGGGGG